AUGGAUACUGCCAUUAAAUUUAUAUGGGUGGCAGAGUUUAUUGUGUAUAAAGUACCAGAAUUAAAACACACCUUCAACACUACGGGAUCAGAAUACUUUUAUAUGGAUUCCGAUCAAACAUCACCGAAAUUUUCUCAUUACAACAGGGACAUCCAAAGUACAAAAGCAAAUCCUGUAUUUCAAACACUUCUUCCUUUGUAUAGCAAGUCCAGUAUGCUUCGUACUUCCGGAAUGUACAAUGACCAACCUCCAAAUGAAAAUGCAGGACAAAACUAUGGACAUUCAAAAGCUUUUAACUUCACUGUAGGGGUUUAUGCAUUUGGCAAGGACUCUGGAUUUUGGAUUAUAUCAAGUGUACCAGAGUUUCCAGCUGCAGUUCCAGAAAAGAAAAUUAAAAAUAUCGACGAUUCCUAUACGUAUAACGAUGGUCAGACAAAGUUCGGACAGAUAAUUUUCUGCGUCACAUUGGAAUCAGAGUAUAUGGAAACAUUGGAUUUAUACCGGGAUUUAAUCAGAAAGAAGUUUGACGAUUCCUUAUAUGUUCAAACAUGGCGACCCAAUUUGAAUUCUUCAACCGGCAAGGUUACUAAUGUGGAAAAUGUCUGUUUUAAGAAUGGGCUGACUUACAAGACAUCCCUUGAUCAUUCGAAGUGGGCCGUGGCAAAAAAUAAACCAUGGACUUGUAUUUGUGAUAUAAACAGACAUAUAACUCAGUUUAAAAGAGGUGGAUUAGUGUUGUGUUUAAAAAAUGCAGAGGUUGCCAAAGAAUUUCGAGAACUGAUCGAAGAGAAAAAUAGAUGCAAGGGAGGGGAAUCUUCUGAAGAAAAGGAAUCAAGACGGACCUCGCGUUGA